AUGGCCUCAAUGAUCUUCUCAGACGAGGAGGCCAGCUACCUUCGGGCAGUCCUGAAGUGGCAGGAGAAGCCCCCCGAUGAUAGUCGAGCAAGCUGGAUGCUAGGCUUGCGCUUACCCGAAAAGAAGAAGCCCGUCGGCGAGUUUCGUAUCCUGGUGAUUGGAGCCAAGGGAGUGGGCAAGACGUCAAUUCUAACGAAGUUUUGCACCGGUGACUUCCCCGACGCGUCGAGUCUGGCCGCAUCAAGCUACCUCAACGGCUGCCGGCGCAACAUAAGUAUCGAGUCGAACGAGGGCAAACACGUCGAGUCGAAUCUGUACACCAUCGACGCGCUCGAGCUACCUGUAGAGCACCUAUCGUCGCCAGACCAUCUUUCCCAGGCCCUAGCCAUCACCGAGGCAGCAGUUCUGGUCUACGACAUCACGGACCCGGCGUCACUGACGUACCUCAAGUCACUUGCGAGCACUAUUUACAAUUCGAUUCACCCAGGCCAGACGACCCCAACGAAGAAGAGGACCGGAUUUCAUCUCCCCGGAUCACCUACGAGAAGAAAUACCAGCGACGGGGCGCAUGGUUCAAGACCCUAUCAUUUCCUUCUCAUCGGCGCGAAGCGAGACGUGCCCGAUUCCCUCCGCGAGGUAUCCUGGCUCGAGGGUCAGAUUGCCGCAGAGGAGUUUUUCGGUCCAUCAGGUAUCGCGGCCGGCGCUAGUGUGAGCUUCAUGGAGGUGUCUGCGCUCACAGGGGAGCAAAUAGGCGCGAUCUUCCCGUCCUUGGGCGGCGAAGUGCUCAAGAGUCGGAGGGAGAAGCAGGUGGCGGCUUCGCAGAAGUACUUAUCGGCGCAGGGAUCUGGUGGGUUGUCUGGCAGGGACAUUUCUGACUUUGACCAUGAUGCGGACGAUACUGAUGAUGAACACACAGAUGGGAGCGGCACUAUGGCAGGGUCUAUGAGACGGAGGUGGACCGCGUUGAAGGCGACCUUGGCUGCGUCGAUAUUCAGGAAGUGA